UAGAGAACAUGUGGAGCUUUCCUAAAAUAUUUCUAAUCCUUGUGUUGAUGAAGAGCUGCUAUGCAGCACCGGCCGCCUCUUCAGAGCGUGUUGAAACCGAUCCCAGACUUAUAGCUGGAUACACCGAAGGCGAUAUGAUCCUAAGCAAGGACAGAAAUGGAUUGAUCAAUGAAGCUGUUCACUGGCCCAAUGGCAUUGUCUACUAUCGUUUCAAUAACGACAUAGAUCAGAAGGAUCGUAAUAUGAUUCUGCAAGCGUUUCGCACUAUCGAGUCGAUUUCUUGUGUCGCCUUCCAAGAAGCAAACUGCGAUCAGCUUUGCUAUUUGAAUAUUACCUCGGACGGCUUAGGCUGUUUCGCCGACGUGGGCUACCAACACAGUGUACAACGGUUGAAUUUGAUGAAAUUUGAUUGUUACACUCCCGGCAUAAUUAUACAUGAGCUUUUGCAUUCCUUGGGUUUCUACCAUCAGCAAAGUACGUGGAAUCGUGAUGAAUACAUUCGCAUUAACUUUGAGAACAUAAAAGAGGGCAUGGAAUCCAACUUCGACAAGUACAACAAAAACGAAGUUUCCAAUUUCGGCGAGGGAUAUGACUACGGCAGCAUCAUGCACUACAGGUCCACGGGAUUCUCCAAGAACGACAAGCCGACCAUUGUGCCGUUGAUCGCGGGUUACGAGAACUUAAUUGGAACCCGACAAGAAUUGAGCAUGGCUGAUAUUAGAAAAUUAAAUGCCAUGUAUAAGUGUCACGAAAAAGUUUGAGUGCUUGCACAAUUACAUGAGCUAAACUGAUUAA